GGAUUUUGUAGAAAAAUUUCAGGCGAGCGACAGCGACACCCAGUUUCCUGCCGAACCGCUCGCAACAACCACCACCACCACCACCGACCCAUUGGACCAGCCGCCACCGUGCACUGGCAGACGGACAUUCCGCACAUUUCGACACACCUCCUACAGGGCCCAAUUGUUUGUCCCAACACAAUUUGUCUGUCCCGCCGGCAGAGCACCUUUCAAAUUCGAAGCCAUGGCCGCCGAGAGACCAGACAAGAAGGACAAGAAGGAGAAGAAGGAGAAGCGCGCCAGCGAUGAGACGGGCGUGAGCAAGUCCAAGAAGGAGAAGAAGGAAAAGAAGGAGAAGAAGGACAAGCUCGCGGCCGCACUGGAGGAGAAGCUGCAGAAGGAUGCCGCCGCCCAGAGCGCCGGCAAGGCCGCGGCGGCGGCGGACGACGACGACGACUCAGAUAUGGAGGAGGCCAAGGAGGAACUGCCGCUGGAGCGGACCGUCGUUCCCUUUGCGGUGCCCGUCGCGGACGAGAAGGGCAUGAAGAAGGUCUACAAGACGAUCCGAAAAGCGGCCAAGAACGGCACUCUCAAGCGCGGCGUCAAGGAGGUGGUCAAGACACUGCGCAAGUCGUCCCCCUCGGCCCCCGGAUACACGGGCUUCCCCGGCGUGGUCGUCAUCGCCGGCGACAUCUCGCCGCAGGACGUCAUCUCGCACAUCCCCGUGCUGUGCGAGGACCACAACGUGCCCUUCAUCUUCGUGACGUCGCGCGCGGAGCUGGGCGCGUCGGCCAAGACGAAGCGCCCGACGAGCGUCGUCAUGAUCAUGGAGAAGGCCGAGGGCAAGAAGAAGGCGGCGGCGGCUAAGGGCGCCGACAAGGACAAGGACGACGAGGGCGAGGGCUUUGGUGAGGCCUACGCGUCGCUGGUCAAGUACGCGCAAAAGGAGUACACGAAGCAGGCGUUUUGGGCCAAGGGCGAGUCCAAGGCAUGAAUGAGGGUGAGCGCGUCGAAGCGCGGGACGAGACGGCAGGAGUGGCUGGUUCUAUGACCUGAGGGCGCGGCGACGCUGUGUGCCAUGGUGCGUGUGGUGGUGGCUUCAAUCUGGCUGUACAAAUACCAGAGGUUUGGCUUGCAAGGCCGGACGGACAGGGCGGCGUUCAGGUUUACUCUGCAUUAACAAGGCAUACACAUUUUUUUCCUCUCUUGCAAG